GUAGCUGCUGUUGCCGCUGCUGCUGCGGGUCCUCCGGAAAGAGACACACGUCGACGGCCGUGUUUUAGUCAGUAUGCCGGCAGAUAAAGCUCCUCUCCAGCUCUCGUUGACUCCGUGUCGCGGUAUGUGAAGGGAGGCUCCAGCAGGAGGAGGAAUUACGGAGCCAGGGAGGAGGUGACAUGCCCUUCACUUGGCGCAGUCAGUGCGCUGCUCGCUGUCAAACGUGGACGAGGUACAGACCGGAAUGGUGCAUUUAAAUUGUUCUUUUUAACGACAAGGAAGCAGUGCCCGGUUCUCCAUCUGUUUUUGGAUUAUUUUACGGGUGAGGUAACGAUAUUACAUGCCGAAUAGCAGAGCCGGGGCGCCGGGGAAAUGCAGCUCAGCGGGUGUUUGACUGCAGGUGGAUGGCCAACCUGACGGUCCCAGCCGCCGCUUCCCUCCCGUUCAGCCGCCGCUGCUGCAGCAGCAGCAGGUCUGGCGUCAUCCGGAGCUGUAGAAACAAACAGAGUACAGAGAGGACUUGAUAGGACACAUAAACCCGAGCCAUGCUUCCAGGGGUCGGCGUGUUCGGCACCAGCCUGACCGCCAGGGUGAUCAUCCCGCUGCUCAAGAACGAGGGCUUCGCCGUUAAAGCGCUGUGGGGCCGGACGCAGGAGGAGGCGGAGGAGCUGGCCAAGGAGAUGAACGUACCGUUUUACACCAACCGGAUCGACGACGUGCUGCUGCAUCAGGAUGUGGAUCUGGUCUGCAUCAACCUGCCGCCGCCUCUGACGCGACAGAUCGCAGUCAAAACACUGGGUAUUGGAAAGAACGUCAUCUGCGACCGGACAGCAACGCCUCUGGAUGCCUUCCGGAUGAUGUCAGCGGCCCAGUACUACCCCAAGUUGCUGAGCAUUAUGGGGAAUGUGCUUCGCUUCCUGCCGGCUUUCGUGCGAAUGAAGGAGCUGUUAGAGGAGGGGUACAUCGGGGAGCUUCUGGUCUGUGAGGCUCAGGUUCACAGCGGUAGCCUCUUGGGGAAGAAGUACAACUGGAGCUGUGAUGACCUGAUGGGAGGCGGCGGUCUGCAUUCUGUAGGCAGUUACAUCAUCGACCUGCUUACGUUUCUGACCGGUCAGCGUGCAGCAAAAGUCCACGGCUUCCUCAAGACCUUCGUCAAACAAACGGAUCACAUCCGAGGCAUCCGUCAGAUCACCAGCGAUGACUUCUGCACGUUCCAGAUGGUACUCGAGGGGGGCGCCUGCUGCACUGUGACGCUCAACUUCAACGUGCCUGGAGAGUUUCGGCAGGAGGUGAUCGUUGUGGGGACGCUCGGGAGGCUAACAGUCACGGGGACUGACCUGUACGGACAGAAGAACAGUGGGGGCGGAGGAAACGGAGGAGGUCCUGAACUCUUGGUCAAAGACACCACGCCUCUUGAGAAGGCUUCCUUACCGGAGAAGGCCUUUAGUGACAUUCCGUCGCCGUAUCUCACCGGAACGAUCCGCAUGAUCCAGGCCGUGCGGCAGGCCUUUCAGGGCCAGGACGACAGGCGGACGUGGGACGGGAGGCCUCUGACAAUGGCCGCUACCUUUGAGGAUUGCCUUUACGCUCUUUGCGUGGUGGAUACCAUCAAGAAAUCCAAUCAGUGCGGAGAGUGGCAGAACAUUGUGGUGAUGACGGAGGAGCCGGAGAUCAGUCCGGCCUAUUUGAUCAGCGAGGCCAUGCGGCGGAGCAGGAUGUCGCUCUACUGUUAGCAUCCGGCUCAUGUGCGGACCCCUUUAAAUAUGCUGAACCCAGAUGUCGUAUGAAGGUUGCUGGAUAAGCCUUUGUGUUCAAACAUAUACAGCUUCUGGGUUCAGUUCCUAAAUUCAUCACCUGCUCAUUGAAAUACCGUCAUAUCUGUAUUGCUACUGUUAUAAACAGAGAGGUUACACCACUAUGAUUCACAGAGUUCCUGUUACCCUGCCUCAGCUGCAGAGGACAAACAAUGUGAUCAAUGUUAUUUAUACGGAAGCCUUUCCUGUUUUCCAUUUUGACAGAAGACUUCCAGGGAGAUGCACUUGUAAGUCAAACAUGAGAAAGAUAUAGCUCUACAGUGAGGCAGAUCAGGGAGCGAAACUAAUGCGUCUUCACCGUAAGGGUAUUGCGCCUCUCAUCUCUCUGUAUUGACUGGGUCUGGAAGACGCCACCUUACACUGUGGGUCCAAACGAGGACAGCCAAGGAAGAACGACAGUCCUCAGUUCAAACCGUGCCGCUGUAAUUGUUGCUAUAGUCUUAAGUACUUGCUAGUUUUACCAAGUGAAUGUUUAAAAAAAAAAUUGUGUGCUUGCUCGCUUUGGUGUCUGUCUGCUCUGUAUGCUUCCUCUGUGCGUGCGCAACAAGACAGAAAAGAAAUCAAUAGUUUGGCUGGUGGGUUUUUCAGAGGGGUUUACCUUCUGGUAUGCAAUAUAUCCAGACUGAAGUCUUUUAUCUCUCAGCCUGGAGUAAAGGGUUAAAAUACACUAUGAUAUGCCUUUAUGCAGUUGCAGUAGCCUGUGCAUCAGUCUGCGAGUCCUGUGUGAGUGUCCAGCGCAGUGAUACUUUGAUGAUCUUAUUUAUGUCAUGCUUUUCCUGUUGUCGUGAAGCAUAGUCAGGAAAUACACUGAAUUCUGUGUGGUGUGUGCACAUCUGUACCGAGCCUUAAGUCUGGGUUUUAAUACAUUCUUGCACUAAGAUGAGAGUAAAUGCAGAGCAAAGUGGGGGAUUUAUCCCCAUAUUGCAAUAAAAUGGGUCACACUUGCAUCGAUCUAUGGUGAUUUAGCAUUUAGCAUGCUUUUUAAAGCUACUUUAACAUGCACAGUGAAAUGCAUCACAUGGAAGUUCAGUUUGCACUCACCUAGAACUUGCAGUCAGUUAACUGUACAGGACAGUGUGGUUGAUAGGAGAGUAGAUGAGCAUUUCAUUCAGUUUGGAGGCAUUAAACGUUAAGGCUGGUGAUAUUCUAUGAACAGACAAAAACCAACACGUUAAUCUGUCACGCAGUACUUUUUGACUUCCCUCCUCUGUCUGCGGUUCCAAGCCCCUCAGUUCUUAUUAAAGGUGGAUAUCUAAGUCAAAUAUGAAAAGUGUCAGUUCUAAUAAUCUAAAAAGUGAAAAUUAUAACCUGAGUGCAGUUUUCCUCGACUCUACGUAACAUUUUAGUAUAUUUCAGUUAAUUUUUUUGGGUUUACAUUUCCCAACUUUACUAUUUUGGGUAACUCUUACCGCUCUCAUCAACCAAUAUUUUACUCAGCUAAAAGAGAGUGAAUAUCAGAUAUGAUUCUUGCUAUAGACAUUAAAAAUAAGACUUAUUUUCCAAAGCAUCUUUUUAGUUUUGUUUCCUAAAUAAGAGUGAAUAAAACAUUUUUUGAGGUCAAGUGUCAGCUAUUAAAUAAUACACAUUCUGUGUAGGGUCGUGUGAUAUGGAAAAAAAUAGAUUAAAAUAUUGUAGGACUGGCUAUAGGUGCUUUCAGAAAACAUUAACACAAUGAGUUUUUUUUAAAUCUAAUUUUUAAUCCCGGAUGUUUGAUCAUCAGAAAAGUGGGUAAAGGCAAAUAAUGAGUUCAGAAAGUUAGAUCACUGUAAUUAAGCCUUUAAAUCCAGAAAAAGACACUUACAAUAUAAUGAUAUUAAGUUGAUAAUAUCACGAUAUCUAUAUAUCACCAUCCUUAUCCUUUAAGGCAUAAUUUACAUGCAGUGUGAUUAUAGCCGGCCUCCACAACUUCAAUGCAAGAGAUGUUCACUGUGUGUUUAUGCUGCAUACAAAGUCACACUGACUCGCAAUGUUUGGAUAACUUUUGCUAAUUUUGCAGAAAUUUUGCAUAGAAACUUCUCGUGUUUUACUACCCGUCAGUCACAUAAGAAACCUAACUAUCGUAGAGUAUCUGCAAAUCCAGUUUGUCUUAAAGUUUGCUAUCUCAAUACAGGAGAAAGAACAGUUCUGACCUACAAGCCAAAAGAUUGAUUUUUUUUUUUUUUACGCAUCUCUGUUCCUCUGUGUGGUUUCAAGUUCUUAAACUGUGCUGAAAUACUAUCUAUGUAACGACUACUGAAAAUGUACAUAUGAAAAUAUUAUAAAACAAAAAUAUGCGUUUGUCUAAAGAAAUAAACCAGUACUGUAUGUAUUUUAUUUGUAAAAAAAAAAAAAAAAGAACAACCAAGGAACUGGAACAUGUUUUGACGAGUGUUAAGGUAUUUAUUCUUUGUUUUUUGCUGUUGAAGUUUUGUGGACUGACCUGCAGUGUAUUUGGGAGAUUAACAGCAGACUGAGGCCUUGGAGCAUUCAGCUUCUUAUCCCCAUUUUUGACCAAAAUAUUCUUGUAAUGCUGUUAUGAAAAGCUUUAUGUUUGCUCUUUAGAUGCGUCAACAACAUCAACAUGGCUACGCUGUGGCUGUUCACAGCUCGUAUCCAACAGUAUAAUGUCACUCUGAGCUCUUUUGCUGUUCAGUGUUUUGUGUAUUUAAUGGGUCACAUCGUGGUUUGAGAGGUCAGGUCACAUUAUGUCCCGUGCUGGGGUGUGAUCAGCUGCACACAACUUUGAAGCUUCAGAUUUUA